AUGCAAAGGGAGAAAGUUAUAUACUAUCAUCAGAGAAGGACACGACAGAAAAUGGUUAAACAAGUACCAUAUCUACUAGGAAGAUUUAUGGACCCAUUGUUGGCCAUAGUCAUCGGAACCACAAGUUACUACCUCUAUGAGACAAGAACAACCAGAGACCAACCGACUCGUCGCAGUCUCCUUCAUCUACUAGAAAGAAAUUAUUCUGGCUCUCAUUAG